UAAUUGCAUUAAUGAUAGAUUUUUAAGUUUCAGUUUUGAUAAAUAUUUUGAGGGAUAAUGAAAGUAUUGCUCGGAGGCGGCACGGGUUUUAUUGGCAGAUAUUUGAGCAAGGCUCUUAUUGAUCGUGGACACAGUGUAGUUGUUAUUUCUCGAACACCUAGAUUAAAAGCUGUUACUUGGCAACAACUUGAUUCACAGCAAAGUCUACCAGAUUGCGAUGCUGUUGUAAACCUGUCAGGAGAGAACAUAUUAAACUUUAUGCGGCGGUGGAAUGAUAAGUACAAGCAAGAUGUAUAUGAAAGCCGAAUUGGAAAGAAUAAAUUGUUAGUAAACUUAAUUUGUCAAGCUACUAAAAAACCGAAAGUUUGGGUUUCCGCCCAUGCAGUUGGUUAUUAUCCUGUAACAGAUGAAAAAGAGUUUGAUGAAGAUUAUGUACUUAAAACACCUAAAACUUACAUAGAAAGUCUUUGUAAGGAUUGGGAAAACAGUGCUGUUUUACCAGAUACCGAAAGCACUCGUCAUGUAGGAAUCAGAAUUGGUGUUGUUUUGGGUCCUGAUGGUGGCAUCAUUCAGCAGUCGUACUGGCCUUUUUAUUUUGGCUUAGGAGGUGUUAUAGGAUCUGGAAAGCAGUAUUUUCAUUGGGUACACAUAAAAGAUAUUGUUAAUUUGUUUGUACACGCUAUUGAAAAUGAAUUUGUUACCGGGAUUUUGAAUGGUGUCGCACCAAAUCCUUGCACAAACGAAACAUUUACUAGAACUUUUGGCGCCGUUCUAAACAGACCUACAUGGUUCUCGGUCCCUGAGUUUGCAAUGAAGUUUGCAGCAGGUACAGAACGCUCAGAUAUUAUUUUAAAAGGGAAUAAAGUCAUUCCAAAGCGAACACUUGAAUCUGGGUUUGAAUUUCAAUAUCCAGAUAUUAAAAACGCAAUGAAAGAUAUUUUAAAAAAAUAAAUUACCUGUUUUUUUUGCGCAUACCUUCUGUUAGCAUAUGCGCAUAAUCUUGCAUAAAAAUGUAGCUUUUUUCUAAAAUGAUUCAAAAAAAAUUGAAUAGUUUUUCGCGGUCUA